CUGUAAUUGCAAUGAUAUGUAAGACCGUUAAUAAUGUGAGGAAAUUAGACACAAUGUUUGACUUCAGGCUUUUUUUUGUCACCAAAGGAAUGUAAGUUUGGAUAAGGGUUCAGUAAGUUCAGAUACAGGCUAUCCAAGUUCAGUUUAUAGCUUUAAUUAGUAUAGACAAGGGUUAAUAAUUUAAGAUUAGGCGAGAAGAAAGAAACCUUAAUGAGAAAACAAGUGGCUCUGCUUGAGACUUUAUGCUCAGGUUAUUGGUCAUGUUGUGUAAUAUUGCUGUUAAGUGAACAUGAUUGCAUCUCCAUGUUUAGUUUUGUGUUGCAAUGUGAUUUUAUCAUGCCCGUUCUGAUAGUCCUUUAUUUCAGAUUCAGCUUUUGUUUCUGAAAGUAAUGAACCCAAAGGCUUCUUGAAAUCUGACGAUGCUGUCAAGAGAACUUUGGUUUUUGAGGCAGAAAUGGUAGAAGAAAAUGGGACUUCUGGAAAAAAGGGGACCACAGUGAACAGCAUUAUUAUUGUUGACAGUGACGAUGAUGAUGAGAUCCCUCUUCGUGUUAGUGGUGUCAAAAGGACGUAUGUACACCCUGAGAAUUUGAGAGAACAUUGCGAUAGUUCUAAUGAUGAUAGCCUAAACCAGAAACAUAUGAAGAAGCUUGAACAUGGGUCAUAUGGACCAGUCAAGCCUGUUUUAUCAACUCCAUCAACUGCAGGUGAUGGGCAUAAAUUUAACAUUCAGCAAAGGCAAGCACUGUCAGCUAUCAGAAAAUGUGAAGAAAGGCUCCGGAGAGACAUUGGAGAGCCAAGAUUUGAUGGGUUUGUGGAUAAUGGUGGUGAGGAAGAUGAAAACGGUAAUUCUAAUUUUGAAAACAACAAAGCUCAUAAUUCUUGUCCCCCUCAACUUGAAAAGUAUAUGGCCACUUGCCGGCAGAGGAAGGAAAAUAAAAAGCUGGAGGUUGCAGCUGAUAUGGUCUGUGCUUUUGACGAAGAUCCUGACUUUUGUGCCAAGGCUGUUUGUGCAUUAUAUAGGCAGCAUAAGUCUUCGAUGAAGGGUUCAAUUUGUGCUAGCAGCAAAGGAUUUGAGAAGUGUGAUGCUGACAGGGGAAUUUCUCUGGCCAAUUUUCUAAUAGAUGGGGAUUUAAAAGGCAAGAUGAAGAAGUCUGUGGAUGAGUUACAGCAGCAUGAUCAAAGGGGCCUUGAUGAUUGUUGCAGGCUUGCCAAGAAGAAUUCCAAACAGCUGAUUGACAUCUAUAAAAAGGGCGAGGAUCCUCUUUUUUCUCCUUUGUCCACUGAUCUGCAGUAUAAGUAACCCAUGAAGAACAACGAUGUAAGUUUCUGACAAGUUUCUCUACAACGGCCCUUUCUCUUCUUGUAAGUGUUAUUCUAUCCUUGUAUAUGUAUGUAAGUAGCAACUGGGCUGUACCUAGGUAGUAAUAUAGUUUAAGCGGCUGGCAAACUUAGAUGAUAAUAUAUCUGCACAUGAUGCUAACUUUUUCAGGAUGAUUUAAUCAGGUAACACAAAAUUCGUGUUACUACUUUCUCAUUGUAAAAGGCAAUUUGCUAAUUACUAAUCAUCUGGAUCCCAAAUUUUUGUUUUUGUAAAUCUUUGAUGACGCAUAUAUAAAAAUGGCCUUUUUUUGCCUACUCUGCAUCGUAGUUUUGAUAAUUGUUGUUUGUUGGAAGUGUGAA